CACCGAAUCUCACCCGAGUUGACACGCGAAAAUACGCGUCAGGGCAACAAACACCAGCACCGCAAAGAUAUGGUCAGCACCAAGCGCAGACGAGACGAUGCUGAAGAGGACGGAACACCACGCAAGCUACGCGCCCGCAUUGUGGACGAUGACGCCACUGCCACCGACUCAGACGCUUUCGAGGCGCAGACACCGUCACGGCGAGCCAGAAACCAAUACUUGACAGACUUUGGCACUCCUAAGUCGAUCUUGAAGAAGACAGGCACAAUCAACGGUGCCAUUGGUACGACACCAAGGUCGACUCGGAAGCUGCUUUUCGAGACGUCUACAAACUAUGUGAACGGAGACACGCCCAACGGCACGCCAACCCUUAUUCGCAAUGCCGACCGCAGCGCUAGGAAGAAGAGCAACCGGAGAAUACUCGAGCGCACACUCAACGGCGAAGAGAGCGAUGACGAGGUGCUUGACGAGGAAGAGACAUUAACAGAGCAGAUUUUGGAAGAGGAAGGUGGAGCAGUAGAGACUGUCGAAGAGAUACCACAACCGGAGGUGCCUGUGCCGGAGACACCAUCGAAGCGUGGCAGGGGGCGACCAAAAGGCUCGGGGAAGAAGAAGCCUAAGUCGCCUACGCCACCGACGGAGCUGCCGCCGCACGAGGAGUAUUUCUGGCAGAACCGACCGGGCGGACUGAAGACCUCGAACAACACUCUCUCUGCACAAUAUCUCCUCAAUCAUGACGAGUACUUCCAGGCGACUUCAAGUUAUCAAGACCGUCAUGAGCCUGAGAUGGAGUUCCUACUGGAACUGCACAGUCGUGCCUUCGACCAGUGGAUCUUUGAGCUAGAAGAGGGCUUCAAUGUCUGUCUUUAUGGCUACGGCUCGAAACGCGCCAUAACCAGAAAGUUUGCAACGCAUCUCUAUCAACAUCUAUCAGGGGCGCCGCCCUACAAGGGCUCGAAGAAGACCCCAAAAAUUGCCGUGAUCAACGGCUACGCUGCGGGUACUACCUUGAAGGAACUCUUGACGACCAUUGCAUCAAUUGCUGUGCCCCCAACGACAAAGCUGCCCAAUCAGCCCGCCGUGCUGCUUGAUUUUGUACUCGAAUAUCUGUCAAGUAGCCCACCUCCGCACCCCAUACCCGUCAUCCUGAACUCCAUCGACUCACCAUAUCUGCGAAAGUCUUCGACACCCUCGAUGCUGGCUCGUCUCGCCGCGCAUCCGUCCAUCAACCUCAUAUGUACAGCCGAUACACUGAACUUCCCGCUGCUGUGGGAUGUAGGGCUGAAAACGCAGUACAAGUUUCUCUUCCACGAUGCGACCACCUUCGCGCCUUACGACGCUGAGAUUGACGUUGUUGAAACUGUCAAUGAGCUGCUCGGCCGCAGUGGCCGUCGUGUGGGUGGCCGAGACGGCGUGGGCUUCGUCUUGCGCUCGCUGCCUGAAAACGCACGAUCGCUGUAUCGCAUUCUUGCGAUGGAACAGCUUGCUCUAGACAUCAUGGAUCAAGGUCUCGACGAUGAUGAUGAAGCCACCGAAAUGCCGAAGAAAAAGAAGGUCGCACAAGCCAAGGCGGUCGCGCCUGAGUCCAAUCAGGGCGUGGAGUACCGUGUCUUGUACCACAAGGCGGUGCAGGAAUUUGUCUGCUCCAGUGAAGUCGGUUUCAGGACCCUCUUGAAGGAGUUCCACGACCAUCAGAUGAUUGAAAGCCGGAAAGAUGCCAUGGGUACCGAAAGAUUAUUGGUACCGUUUAGGCAGGAAGAGCUAGAAGGUUUGGCGGAAGACCUUGCGAGCGAUGCAUUUUAAGCGCCAUAUACCCAGCAUAUAUCAACAAUCAACAUGCAGUAUGAGGUUCGACACAUCACUUCGCCCGGGUACAGACUCACACGCUCAUUCUUGAGCAGGAGCACAGCUUAGCCUGCCGCCACCUACAUCAGAGAGCGGUACAUCUUCGGCGUGGAAUCGGCGACAGUGAGUUUAAUAAUUAAUCCCACCUCCGCCCACCGAACCUUCACCCCUCAUGCUGUUGAUAUCUUUUAAGCUGGCAUAAUAAACAUCGCUAGGCUUAUAUUUUCCAUCCAAACAACAAAUUGGUCGCUUAGCUCAGUUGGUUAGAGCGUGGUGCUAAUAGCUUUCAUCCUUGAUACGCCAAGGUCGCGAGUUCGACCCUCGUAGUGACCAUUCCUUUUUGCGCUCGAGCAUUUUCAGCAGGGAGAGUUGAUCUCCUUGUCGUGCCGGACACAGCAUCUUUUUGCUAGUGCGAUUGU